CAGCACACUAUUUUCAAAAUUAUACCAUUAAAUUUAAAUAAUUUUGCAAUGCUCUUGACAUAUGAUAUUUAAUAAAUUAACAGUUUUAACAAAUUCUAGCAUCAGCGGAUUUUUAGUAUUCUAACCUUUAAACGGUUAUAUAUUUGUUUCCAAUUGGAGGGAAAAUCUCUCUCUUAAUUCUUGUUAUCCAAUAAUUUUCCAAGUGUUUUCAAAUAAAAAUGGAUGAAAUGGAUGUGGACGUUGUUCCUCAGACCUCCAAGAAAGCUUCCACGUACAAAAAACACAACACGAACGUUCCAUGGAUAGAAAAGUAUCGUCCUCAAAAGUUUGACGAAAUUGUAGGCAAUGUGGACACGUUACAACGUCUGGAGAUCUUCUCCAAACAAGGAAACGUCCCCAACAUUAUCAUAGCAGGGCCUCCUGGUGUGGGAAAAACAACUACGAUAUUAUGUUUGGCUCGUAUUUUACUGGGUGAUGCAUUUAAAGAUGCCGUACUUGAAUUGAAUGCCUCAAAUGAAAGGGGUAUUGAUGUGAUUCGUAACAAAGUCAAAACUUUUGCUCAACAAAAAGUCACACUACCUCCUGGACGCCACAAAAUUAUAAUACUCGACGAAGUCGACAGUAUGACUGAUGGUGCACAGCAAGCUUUAAGAAGAAUCAUGGAGAUUUACAGCAACACCACAAGAUUUGCGUUGGCGUGCAACUACAGUGAAAAAGUAAUAGAACCAAUACAAUCCCGAUGUGCCAUUUUAAGAUACUCCAAACUUACUGAUGAACAAGUUUUGGCUCGUAUAGUAACAAUUGCCAAACAAGAAAAUAUUAAUUAUACUACAGAUGGCUUGGAGGCGAUCGUGUUUUCGGCGCAAGGCGACAUGAGACAAGCAUUGAACAAUCUGCAGUCGACUUGUAACGGUUUUGGCGUCGUUAAUCAGGAAAAUGUUUUUAAAGUAUGCGACGAACCGCACCCACUUUUGGUCAAGGAAAUGCUCAACCACUGCAUCUAUGGAGAACUUCGAAAGGCUUACAAGAUUAUUGAGCACUUGUGGAAUUUAGGAUACGCCGCCGAGGACAUAAUAAAAAACAUAUUUAAGGUGUGCAAAAAUUUAGACAUGGAUGAACCUUUGAAGCUCAAGUUUAUUAAAGAAAUUGGAGUCACUCAUAUUAAAGUUGUUGAUGGCAUGGGCACUUUGAUACAACUAUCCGGAUUAUUGGCGAGGCUUUGCAUUGCUUCUGCUGGAUUACUGGAUAAAUAAUUAUUUCUAGUACCAUUUAUUGUUUAUACUAUUGUUUAAUUAAAUUGUACCUUUAUUGUCUUUUUAA